AUGUUCGCAGUGGCGAUCGGUUUUCUUGUUGGGUGGACGACCGUCCAUGCAGCUCCUAGCGGAAAAUCCGCUCCCAAUGUCGCCGUUCGCAAUGGAACGUAUACUGGGGUACACAGUACGACAUAUGGUCAGGACUUCUUCCUGGGUAUGCCCUAUGCGCAGCAGCCUGUGGGCAACCUGCGCUUCACCGUGCCACAGCCAUUGAACGAGAGUUGGGAUGAGUCGCGCGAUGCGAAAGAGUACUCUGAUAUUUGCGUUGGAUACGGGACGGACUCGAUUUGGUAUCCCCAAUCCGAAGCCUGCUUGACUCUGAACGUCAUCCGAGACUCUUCUGUCCAGGAAAACUCCAAGCUCCCCGUGGGAGUCUGGAUCCACGGCGGCGGAUUCGUGAUGGGAUCAGGGAGAGACGAGCGGUACAACAUGUCUGCUAUUGUUGAAAACUCUUACAAGAUUGGCAAACCAUUUAUCGCCGUCACCCUCAAUUACAGGCUCUCUGCUUGGGGUUUCAUCAGUUCGAGCGAAGUGUCCGGCAGCGGUAACACGAAUCUCGGUCUGCGAGACCAGAGACUGGCACUCCAGUGGAUCCAGGAGAAUAUCGCCGCCUUCGGUGGUGAUCCGACCAAAGUUACAAUAUGGGGCGAGUCCGCUGGUGGCAUGUCCGUGGGCUACCAGUUGACGGCCUAUGGAGGCCGAGAUGAUCAGCUGUUCAGAGCCGGCAUCAUGGAAUCGGGGGGUUCUAUUUCGGCUGGUGCCAAUAAUUACACGACAUACCAGUCUUCCUAUGACACUCUGGCUGCCAGCCUCAACUGCUCAAAUGCAGUGGACUCGCUGCAAUGCUUGCGCGAAGUUCCUUUUGAGAUCCUGAAUUCAGUUCUGAAUGGGACUGAUGGCUCCUCUGUCUACAACUUCUCUCCUGUGUUAGAUGGGGACUUCAUAAGGAACUGGGGCAGUGUUCAGUUGAGUAACCACGAGUUCGUCAGGGUUCCUAUCAUCUCUGGGACGAAUAUGGAUGAGGGGACUGCCUUUGGACCCACGGGAAUUAAUACCACCGAGCAGUGGUAUGAGUAUCUCACUGACGGUUCAUUGGGCAGGCAAUUGCCUACGUCCAUCGCCCAGCGCAUCUUGGAACUAUACCCCGACGACCCGUCACAAGGUAUUCCAGCAUUCCUAGGCGACCAGCGCGUGCCCUCAAUGGGCUACGAAUGGCGACGAACCAGCGCCUUUGCGGGUGACUUUAUCAUGCACGCCAACCGACGUCGACAAUGCGAAGCAUGGGCCGAAGUCGGAGCACCAGCCUACUGCUACCGAUUCGAUGUGCACUCUGCCGACGUCCCCCUGAUCGUGGGAGCGACGCAUUUCGAGGAAGUCUCAUUUGUCUUCCACAACAUCGCGGGGCUGGGCUAUCAUUACGGGAAACCUUUUGCGGGAGUACCGCAGUCCUAUAUCGAUCUUAGUACCAUGAUGACGAGCAUGUGGGCGUCGUUCAUUCACGAUAUGGAUCCGAAUUCGGGCGUGGUGAACAGGUCCGUUCAUUGGCAAGCCUAUGGAAAGAGUCAACCGGUUGAUCUGUUGUUCAAUGCGAAUACAACCAGCCACAUGGAGGCGGACAACUGGCGCAAAGAAGGAAUUGAUUAUAUCAAUUCUAUCGCGACGGCUGUCUGGCGGUAG